CGAAUGCAGAACAAGUUAAAUCGAGGAGAAGUCACCUUCGUGGAAAAAAAGGGAGAAAAAAGCCUUUUAUCGCGGAAACGCUCCGACUCCCAGACAACGUGGCGGGCUAGCGACUUGCGCUGUCGAGAGACAAGAGGGUCGCGAGGAAGAAACGACAAAGACGGCCGCGAGAAAAGCCAAAAAGGCCGCGGACUCGACGACUGCUCCUGCGACAACAAACCUAGAAAACGUUUCAAGAACAAAGAUAAAUUCCGGCGGCGCAACGGGCGAUGCGGCAACGACAAGCACGCGGGAGACGCGAGCGCGGGGAAGAGACCGGUUCUCACAGCCAGGCUAUGGCAAGAUGGUUAGGCGAACAUGACUUUGACGAAGAAAGAACGGAAGGAACACAACAAAAGAAGUAAAAGAUCCUGCUGGCAACGGCUCACGAGAAAGCGCUUUUGGGGCAGGAGCGGGAGCAGCAAGCCGACAGCGGACUGUCGAGGAAACGUGGACACACGUUCUCCAGGAUCGAUUUUGGCUCGACACAACACGGAGUUAUUUGCAGAGCGCCAGGGCGGAUAUCUGG